CAGUCUUCUUUAUUCAUUUAAACAGACAAGUUUAUUAAAAAAAUCGAACAGAAAUAUUUGAUAACGUUUCAGAAUUUCUGAGAAAAAAUGAAAACAAACUUUCAACGUAUUUUAUUUGUUGUAAUUUUGUUAAUUAAUGAAUACGAAUGCAAAGGAGGAAGGGGAGGAUUUGGUCGUGGUGGUGGCUUUUCCAGAUCAAAACCAUCUUCAUCAUCAAGUUGGUUCUCUAAACCAAGCUACAGUAGCAGACCUGCACCAUCUCCAUCGUAUUCUUCAAAUAAGCCAGCUCCUUCUUAUGGUUGGAAUGUCAACAAACCUAGUGGACCACCCCCUGCCUACCCGGGACUUGGCAAUCGACCAGUAAAAUACGGAAAUUCCCCGCCAUCAUAUUCUCCCAGUUAUUCACAUCCUCCAUCAUAUUAUAGUCCCAGCAACACACGAUAUUCAAGUUACAAUUCUCAUCCAAAUUAUGGAUCGACAUUUGGAUCCACGGGUCUUCGAGGCAACACAUACAUCCAUAACAAUUAUUAUGGAUCUCAUUCAGGCGGAUCACCGUUCUUGACCAAUGCUUUAUUUUAUGGAGCUGGGAUGCAUCAUGGAUAUUCAUGGGGAAGUCACAAUUCUUAUCGCCAUAGGUCAUGGUCCGAUGAAGAUGAUAAGAGAUGGCGAAUGACAACAAAAGGUCCAUAUUUUGAGAAUAAAGUUCCAGGAUCUGAAAAAAAUUUACCAGCAGCUGCAGUUGUUGGUGCUGCAACUGCUUUUGGGUUAAUUUCGCUUCUUCCACUCAAUGUUCCAGCAUUCAAGCCUUUGAUGUACUGCAAUGGAACUGAAUUUGCACAAUCACCCAUCAACAUCGACGACAAAAUUUACAGAUGCUCGAACAAAAGUAUUUUGAUUUCUUUUUGCGACUUCAUAAGUGAGAAUCAAAUUUUCAAUGAAGAUGAUAAAUGUGUAAAUAGAACCAUGGAAUGUCAUAACAAGCAUUCAAAUGAUGAAAUCUUUUGUGACAAUGGAACUUUACUUAGUCGAUCUUCACUUGUUUGCAAUUCCACGACAUUUUUGAAUGGAACCAAAAACAACGAAACGUUGACAAUUUUAAAUUGUUUCAAAGGAGAAAUCAAUGCUAAGUUGGCUUCAUUUAUCCCAACAACUACAACUGAAGAACCAUCAACGACUACGACUGAGAAAAAUCUUUCUUUGCCUUCAAGGAUUCAUGUUUUCUUCAUGAAAAUCAUCGGAAAGGAAGAAGCGCUUAAGAAGAUCACAACGACAAGCACCACAACUACAACAACAGAUGAUCCUCGGCUAGCUUUGAAAGAAGAUGAUAAGUUGUGGGCUCCCGAAGCGAUGACAAUUCCACCCACCACUACUACUGAAGCACCAUAUGUGAUAAUGAAAAGAUGGAUAGGAGGUAGAACCUUACCUUCGUAUGAUAAACCAGCGACAUCAGAAGAAGUGAGGGAAUUUACAAAGAUGCAUAACAUGGGUAAAGGUCACUGGAUGGACUAUCAUUUCUACACAAAGGUUCUGAUUACAACUGAAUCUACUGUGGAAGAAACGACAACAAUUGCAACUCCAUUAAUAACUGAAGUUUACUCUGGAGGUCCUUACGUGAUGAUGAAAGUUUCAGAAAAUAAAUUACUUGAAUUGAAUACCAAAGAAUAUUUAGAAUACAAAGUGUCGAAAGUGUUAGGAAAAGAAUAUUUUUAUGAAGAUAAUUAUGUAAAGGUUCCUUUCAAUAAUGCAACUACUCCAAGUUAUGAUAAUAAAGAAUAAGUUUUCUAACCUUAUGACUUCUGUCAUGCCAUGUCAACAUUUAAUAAAAAAUAACUUUUACAAGUUCCCCAAAAUUAUUUAAAAUGUAUGAUGAUUCAUUGUUCCAAUUAAUAAUGUGAUUUGUCAUAA